CGCAAACCCGUCGGCAACAUCGCGUCGAACUCUCCAGAGGGGCAAUGGCGGACGCGGCGCCUCCGAAAAGAGUCUUACCGGCGCGGGAUCGAGGCAAUUCUAGAGCGAAAAGAAGAGCAUCAUCUCCAGUCCUGCCCGCGGCCACCCCAACUGCCCGUAAAGCUUCGACACUAGAACCCUCGACCGAGCCUCCUCGUCAAAAGCGCAAAUAUACGAAACGCGCAGGUCUUGUCAGAUUUGAGACACCGACAUCGUGUUCGUCGCCCUCCGUGUCCAUCGCUGAAGAAGUCUUACCUACCCGACUCGUGGUCAAUAAGCCUCUGCCUACAUCAAGGGAGAAGCAGUCAACGAGUUUGUCUCCAAAUGAAUACCAAUCCAUUGCAGAGAGCGCCAUCCUCGCGGCGUCCCUCCAUCGAUCUCGCAUGCAAUGGCUAUGUGAUGGGGUUUUCAAGAAGUAUUGGGUCAAACCUGUCAAAAGGAAGGGCGUGAUCGAGGCUCCCCCAAACAAUCCCGACGGCAAGACAAUGCACAAGCUUGGAGGUGCUACCAUCACCAUUGAGCCACAUAUCUUUGAUGCUAUCUUCUACACCGUGAAGGAUUCGUCCGUUCCUCAACCUCAACCAUACCACCGACAUCCCAACCAGCACACGGCCAAGCAGAUGAUACCUCCCCCGCCUCCAUAUGGCAUGUAUCAUUCACCUGGUCCGCAUCAAGCUGGGCGACCUUCUGUCACUGGACCGACGCCACCGCCCCAGGGACAUGGACCACCUCCAACACCAACUCCUGCUGCACAGGCACAGCCUGCCCCGUCUCCUAAUCCUCCGGCUACUCAGCCAGCUUCUUCUACCCCCACUAGCGGUCCACCGAAGGCAAUGAACCAACAAUCUACACAGUUGCAAACACAAAAUGCCCCGCCUCCGUCUCAACCUGCAUCGGCCGCGCCCUCGCCCAAAACGCCAGUUCAAACACCACGGUCAGAUCAGAAGCAGCCGAGUCAGCCUCCUGGUGGGAGACAGAGCACCACUGACCCAGUCAUCCAGAUGCUAGCCGCGAGAGCUGCCUCUGAUCCACAACUCAAGGAACUGAUGAAGGUGGUGGCGACAUCAAAAGCAUCGCCAGAACAACUCAAAGAGUUCCAGGCUCAUAUCGACGAAUUCAACGAAGUAGUUCGACGACAGGAAGCUGAACGACAGGCAAAAAGCGAGGAGCUAUCAUCAAGUAAAACAUCAUCGGACCCCGCCGUCCCUGUAUCUGCCGAAGGCGCAAAAGAAAUGAAGUCCGACUCCAAACCACCAACACCGCAACAGGCAAUUCCUGUACAAACUCCAAAGCCUGCCCCUGCCCCUGCCCCUGCCGCGGCACAUCCCUCAACAUACAGCACACCGCAGGCACCACCACGUCCACCAGCCCAUCCGCCCGCAAGUGGGUUGCCUGGAGUGAUGCAUACUUUCCCUCAUCAAGCUCAUGGCUCGAAUAUGGGCGGACCGACGGGUGCAUAUGUGGGAUACCAUGCCCCCCCACCUCCACCGCGGCCGGAGCCCAUUAUCAAACACAUUGUACUAGAGAUUACGAGCACUCCCUCGGGCAGCCAGCCGGCGUCUACCGAUCGUUGGCUCUUCCCAGAAUAUGCAGUGUUGGAACUACGACAAGGAGGCCUGGAAAUGCUCUGUUCUUUCCUGGUAGAACGCCGCGGCUCUGAAAUUCUCGCCGGCAUGGGCAGCCAGUCUGCAGAAGAGGACAUUGAGACGCCGCAUACUAAAUGGAAGGCGGAGCAGGAAUACUAUGUGCCGGUAACCAUGACCGUCAAAGCGACUAACCAUCGCACGAUAGAGACCAUUGCUCGGGCUGCCAAGUUACUGCCGCAAGUACAAGAAUACAUGAGGAAGGUACUCGACAAAGGGGAGCGAGCGCCCAGAGAAUAUCUGGUCCACCAACUGCCACGCGAAGUGACUGUGGGGGCGGAUGGGACGGAAGGGUUUGUCGACAGUGGAGUGGAACUUGCAAGUGAAUCCUCUUCCGAAGACGACGAAUUGAAAGAUGUGUAUGGUAUAUAGAAAGCAAUGGAGCUGGCGAUCGUCAUGAUUAGUUGCAGUUCGGUUGGGUGAAGCCGGAAAUGAGCACGAAUACCUGGUAUCAUUUACUACUACGAGCGUACCAGAAGUGGACAGUUCAGCGAUCAGCGAAGACAAAUUUCAAAACCACCCACUUAUGCUCGUACGGUGGCACUGGUGGCACUCCGUAC